AUUUUGCAGCAGGAGAGGCUUUGUAAACUACUGGUUACUGCAAAAAUCCAUCUGUAACAUAAAGGCAAUAAUGAAUUGAAAAUUCAUGUUGAAAUUUUCAACAUAAACAAAAGUUGUUUUAAAAAGAAGACAAUAGCAAGUAAUAGAUAACAAAUCUAUAAAAAAGCAAAACAAAAUCAUCAAUUAUGGCCGAACAACAGAAGCUAUCGUUGUGUCCACGUUUAGUGGACUAUUUGGCAAUUGUGGGUGCUCGAACAACACCACCAAUACACAAGGGAUUACCAGGAAAUAAGACACCACCUGUACAAAUCCCCGAACUUUUAAGACGUUAUCCACCCUCGGAUCAUGCCGAUUUUCCCUUACCUCUCGAUAUGGUAUAUUUUUGUCAACCCGAAGGUUGUACCAGUGUUGGUCCUCGAAGAACUGGCUCAGCCAUUCGAGAUAUGACAUCAUUUGUAUUCGCCUUAACCGAUAAAGAUUCCGGAAAGACGCGAUACGGUAUAUGUGUUAAUUUCUAUAGACCCGUAGAGAAACAUACGCCCAAUGUGGAGAAAGCCCAAACUCACAACACACCAGCGACAGCCCAAAGUACACGGGGUCGUAGAAGUUCGGCAUUUCGCCGAGAAUCAUGGCGAAAAAGUAUGGAGCGAAGUUCAGAUUCGGCAUUUAGUAGUUACGGCCUUCUAACUUCUUCUAGCGACUACAGAAGUAACGUCGCACCAAGUGAUUCUGAUCGUGAAAUGACUUCUCGUAGAGAUUCCGAUACCCAACAUCAUGUAUCACAUCAUGGUCACAAUAUGCAACAGGUGCCGAAAUUGGGUCUAAUGGCACCUUCAGCUGAUUCCGAAUCGGGUGGCAGUCAUUCACCCUCACCGCGGGCCUCUAGGAAACGUACAAAAUUAAGAAAUCAAUCAUUGACUUCAUUGUGCAUAAUAUCACAUCAUCCUUUCUUCACCACAUUUCGUGAAUGUUUAUUUAUAUUGAAGAAGUUAAUAGAUGCCUGUAAUGAAUCCUCCUCACCCAAGAGGGUGGGGGCAUCACAGAAAAAUAAUCGAGAUAAUGUGUGGACCGUAUUAACGGGUCAUGCUAGUGAGGCGACUUCUUCUAUAGUGCUACAUGAUGUUAAAGAAAUUGAAACCUGGAUAUUGAGAUUGUUAUCCACACCGGUACCAGUGCCGGGUUCAACAAGAGUUGAGGUGGAGGUACUAUCUCCCACAGUCCAUGAACCUUUACUGUUCGCUUUGCCCGAUCAUACUAGAUUUUCCUUAGUUGACUUUCCUUUACAUUUGCCUUUGGAGUUGUUGGGCGUAGAGACCUGCUUAAAGGUUUGGACUUUAAUUAUGUUGGAGAACAAGGUGUUGUUUCAAUCUCGUGACUAUAAUGCACUCUCCAUGUCGGUAAUGGCGUUUGUCACAAUGUUAUAUCCUUUGGAAUAUAUGUUUCCGGUGAUACCGCUACUGCCCACAUGUUUGAGUUGUGCUGAACAAUUGCUGUUGGCUCCCACACCGUUUGUUAUUGGUGUACCGGCCACAUUUUUAAUGUAUAAAAAGAAUUUCCGCUUGCCCGAUGAUAUUUGGGUGGUGGAUUUGGAUUCUACAAAACUAACUCCUCCUACUGGCGGCUAUGAUGAAAUACCUCCGCUUCCCGAACCAGAAGGCACAGUUUUGAAAAAUCAUUUGAAACAGGCUAUGCAACUUAUGGAUGAAGCUGGACUUGGUGCUUUAAGUUCCAUGACUGCUUCAAAUCAAGCAAUAUCAACACAACAACUAAUGCCCUCGGUAAGGGAUAGUUUAACAGAGCCCACUUUAUUGGGGGUCUCACAGGCCAGAUUACCCUUACAGUCACCCUCUCAAUCGGCUUAUACUAGUCAAAGAAAUUCGGUGUCUACUCAGGGAGCCAUGUCACGACAGCCCAGUCCCAUGAAUUCACCGGCCUUAAAUCCUUUUAUAUAUGGCACCGAUGUCGAUUCGGUAGAUGUGGCCACCAGAGUAGCCAUGGUGCGUUUCUUUAACUCCCAAAAUACUUUGGCCAACUUUGCUGAACACACUCGUACGCUACGCUUAUAUCCUCGUCCUGUGGUGGCCUUUCAAAUUAAUAGCUUUUUACGCUCACGACCUCGCGCUUCAUCGUUCCUCAAUCAGUUUGCCAAGACUCAGGCUGUAGAAUUUUUAGCUGAAUGGUCUCUGACACCCACAAAUGUAGCCUUUCUUAGAGUACAAACUGGUGUUAUGGAUCCUUUACAAGUUGGCGAUAAACCCAAAUGGUUUGCUCAUGGUUUAACACCUAUACGUUUUUCCGUUUGGGAUGAUGGCAGUUCCUUAAAUGGUGCUUUACGUUCACUCAAACAAUUGGAAUGUGCUGCCACCGAUGAGAGUGGUUCUGAUUCCGAGGGGGCCGAUAGUUCGAGUUCUUCUUAUUCCUCUUUGAGUGAUUUUGUUUCGGAAAUGGUUUCAUCUGAUCUUUCGCCUAGUUUACAUGAUGUUUUUGGCUCACACAAUCGUCCUCAUAAUGUUCCUCAGACAUUGUCUUCUAAUUUAGAUCCAGCAUUGGUGCAUCCUCCUAGUAAGCUACAAUAUCCCGAGGGUAUGGUGGAACAAAUGUCUUCCAAAGAGGAUGAAGAUGAUCGUCCAGAGUCGCCCAUGUCAUCAGCCUCAUCUAGUCGUUCCGACUUGUCCUCGCCUAGUUUUAAUCGUGAUUCGGAAUUUGAUUUUCCCGCCAAACCAUUUGAGUUGGCUGCACCAGUGGCUCAAAGACUAGAUGCCACCAUUAAGGCGGCCAGUUUGGAACAGGAAUCGGAAACUAAUUCUAAUAUAACAAUUACCGCACCUCAAGGUCAUCAGAGGACGCCGAGAGAUCAAGAAAAUCGGCAUGUAACGGAAAAGAAAAUACCGCCUCCCAUUACGCCCGUUAAACAGCCCAGUGUCACUAAUAUCUUGGCUCGUACUGGUAGCUCUGGUUCCAGUUCCAGCAGCCCAGGACGUCAAUCCUCACAGUCCUCACUAUUUGAAAAUAUUGCUUCACAUGCCAAGGAUUUAGUAAGAGAAACUACCCGACAAAGUAGCCAGGAGGGCAUAUUGGCUCACAUGGACAAGCAAUCUUUGGAUGAAGAUAUUGAUGACAAAAUGCGUCAUACAUUCGAAAAGCUUACAUUGCAUGCUAAGAAAGCAGCCGGGGAAGCAUCCAAGCAGGCUUUAGAAGUCUCUAAGCAGGCGGCUGGAGUUAGUAAGAAUACCUUUGAGGAUUUAAGUUAUGUGGGUAAAUCAACCUUGGGAGAUAUAACGAAAAAAGCCAAGGAAGAAGCCACUAAAAAGGGUCUUAUCAAAGUAGAUGAAAAAGCAGAACCACCAAGUCCAGGAGCAGGCAAUCAAUUGGCUACACAGAAACAAUUACAAAACAGUGGAACGGGUUCGGGAAAUUUCUUUUCUAAUAUAGGCAGUGAUUUCAAUGGUUUGGCCUCCUCAACUUCCACCAUGUUUUCGGGAAUGUUUGGAAAGAAAAACCAACAAAAACAACCCCAAGUCUCAGCACAACAAACUAUGGGUCCUAAAUCAAAGUCAGGUUUGGGUUUCGAUCCCUUCCCAGGACGUAAAGGUUUAGUAGAAAGAACACCUUUAAUAAAACAUGCUGGACCGCAUAAAACCCAAGAAGAAAUAACAAGACAACAAAAUCAGGAAAGAUCACAUAGUAAUGCUGAAAAUCAGGCCUUUCUAAAAGACAUGACAAAUCAGGUAUUGGCCGGUGAAGGUAUAGGCUGGUUGAAAAUGAAUCGUUUUAAGAAACUAAUGGAAGAUGAAUCCUAUCGCACUUUGGUCUUAAGUAAAUUAAAUAAAACUUUGGAUAAGAAAAUAGCCCCAGAUGAUCAUAUAGAUGAUAUGUGUGUCACCAAACCGGUAUGGAAGGGUAUGCUGAAAUGUCUACAGGCCAUUACUUCCGGCCUGGAGGUUACUUUCUCUAAUUUUGGUUUGGGUGGCACAGCCUCCGUUUUUCAAAUGAUGGAAAUUGCUCAUACCCAUUACUGGAGUAAAGAACUCAAUGAUGCUAGUGAUAUGUCUUCUAGUUUACUCUCUAGCCAUGCCACCAGUCCUAUGGGUAGUAGGGAAAAUUUACGCUCCCCCUCUAGUCCUAAUGGUUCACACUCCGGUCUGGGCAGUGAAUGGGCUUCACCGCAAGAAUCUCGUAAAAGUUCUACUCAUACCGAUAGAUCGGGACCAACACAAGUUGCUGGCAAUACUGGUCCCUCUAGACGUCUAUCCACAGCCGAUAGUCAAGAUGGCCAAUCUACCACAGAAAUGUUUAAGGAUAUGUUGGCUCAGAAGCGAUCGGCUUUGUUGAGUAAAUUGACUUCAUUUGACUCAGAU